AUGCCCCCCGAGCUGGUCAUCGCGGCUCGUCACCUCCAGAUAUCCCUUUGCCGCGACACGACUCUGGCCUGGCGGCAAUUACUCUGGCACAACCAAGUCACUCACAACGACUGGAUCCGCGACCACAAUUCGCGCCCGCUCCAGUCUGCACCUUUCGAUACCUUCGCGGACGCCUUUCAAUCCAACACCACCACCACAUACUGGUCCUUCAUACCCCGGCACACCGCCACCAUACAAGACAAAGCUCACCUCCCCUGGUUCUUCAUGCUCAGUGCGGGACUCGGUCUUCAAGCCACGGCCCCACUCCUGAACCCCCAAAGCCGCGUCUGGUUCCCAACGCCUCCUCCUCGCACCAAUCUCCGGCAACAGGGCUCUUAUGUUAAACGCCUAAGCACCACCAUCGGGACACAUCUCCACCCCCCUAGCCCCAUCGACCACAAGUAUGCCGACCGCCGCGCCGCACUAUGUGCAGACCUCAAUCUCCCGUACCGCCCGGACGCAUGGACUCGGCCCUGGCACGCGUCGUAUCUCCCUGGCAGCCUCCAAUGGUUUCAAUACCGAUGGCACUUCCAGGCGUUCCGGUUUAAACACUCAUCGAUAAAUCCCCUAUGCCCCUAUUGCGGGAACCCCGACAAGUCUAGUCACACUUUCUGGACAUGCCCCCGUGCGCAUGCACUCUGGACUACGCUGCUCCAAAUCUGGUACGGGGACGUCGCCGCGAAACCCUCAGAUUACAUCGCCAACCUUACAUCAGCCGAACAACCUCGAGCAGCCCGAUGGAUGCUCCAAGCCCCCCAGUGGAAAACCCACGGCACGGCGUACGACAACCUCUGCCACCAGGGCUGGACACUCCUCCGAUCACUGGGAUUUCGCAUCCUCUGGACGGAGCGCUGUAAGGCGAUCCAUGCGGACCCCCUCGCACCACCCGCCCUGCCCUCACACCUUCCAACGUCUACUCCGCCCUCGUCCAACAAUGCCGCCGGGCAUCCGCUGGCCCCACCGUCUCACACCACAUGCCUAUUCCCUCACGCGGCCUCAUCCUUUUUGAUGGAGCGGCUCGGAUGGAAACAUGCUGUGGGGGAUCCGGUGCCAUCGCUAUGCCACACCAUGCACCAUUGCUCAGUGAGUACGACGCCCACUUCCUUGCCACUGCUACGACCAACAACAUCGCCGAUUAUAUGCCUGAUCAGAGCCCUCACCCUCGCGGUUUCUAUGCGCCUUACCCACGUAGAGGUGUGCGGCGACAGCAACCUCCUCAUGAAUCACUUGCGCGGCCUUAAUCGCGUACGUCACUCCGGUCUCCGCGAUUCCUACGUCCAAGCGCGCACCCUAGCCUCCACACUCCACUGCGUCUUUGCCCACCGCCCGCGCAAAUUCAACCAGGCCGCCGAUUUCCUGUCCAAACAGGCCCCGGAUGACUGCUGCGACUACGGUACUCACGCGCAAAGGCGUCCUUUGUCACCAAGCGACACCGCUACCUUUUACGACUUCCUUGAUCUGGACCUCCUACACAACCCUGGUUAG